AGCGGUUAAGGACAUAUCAGCCGGAAAACAGCAGAGACCUGGAGCUGAUGGAAAACUCGUCCAACCCCCUGCAGUGUCCGGUCCGGCUCUACGAGUUCUACCUCUCCAGAUGCCCAGAAUCUGCAAAGAAACAAACCAAUAAGUUUUACCUGCAACCUGAAAGGAGCGUCCACACAAACAGCCCCCACUGGUACUCCUGUCAGCCGCUGGACGCUGCCACCCUACAGAGCAUGCUCACACGCAUCCUGGCGGUCAGAGAGGUUCAGCAGGAGGUGGAGCGGCGUCGGGGCUCGGCUGACAAGCGACCGCCGUCUUCAUCAGUCACAUCAGAUUGAGGCCGACAGGCGGCAGCAACAAACGGACUCUUUGUAGCCGAGCCACAAAAAGAUGUGACUUGUUACAGAACGCACAAUAAGUAAAAAAAAAAAAAAAA